ACACGUUUAAUCCUCAUUUUAACUCUUUUACUCCGAAAGGCUAAUGCGCUCUCUUCCGGUUCGGGCUGCUUUCUCGUGCACGCGGCACACUUGAGUUUCAGGUAAAGCUUCACGUGAAACAAACAGAUAGGUAGAAGUUUAAUGACCCGGCGUAUGAAGACAGACACGGAAAUGUUGCUGCCAGUGCGACUGCAGUACUGCAUGGAUAUAUUACAGCAACACAAGUAUUGCAACAUACUGCGAGAAAAUGCUGCAAAGGGUUAGAAAACUACCAAAAUACAGGAAAAUGAGAAGAAAUCAAGAUCAAGAAUAUGAUAGCAAAUGUUACACAAUAGUUUUAUUGAAAUAAUAAUAAUAAUCAUAAUAAUGAGAAACUGGUGGGAUCUUAUUUUUUACAUGUUGAGAAUCAGCCAAUCAAAAGAAAGCGGUCUUAAAGGGGGAGGAGCUUGAGUGAGUGCGAUAGGAGCGGGAAACUGGAUGGACCGGUCAGUUCCUGAUCAGCUGAUAACACGGAGCUUAACUCAUGUAACUCCUCCUCCUCCUCUUCCUCAGCCGGCCUGCCAGGCGGCGUACGAGGGCGACGUCCGUAAGUUGUACUUCCUCCUCAGAAAUGACCCCGCCCACCUGAAUGUUCAGGAGGUGCACACCGGGGACACCCCCCUCAUCGCUUCCUGCCGCCAUGGUCACCUGAAUGUGGUCCGAUACCUGCUGGACAACAAGGCCAACAGCCAGCUGACCAAUAAGAAACAGAGGACGUGUCUCCACUACGCCUCCAAGAGGACGUUCUCGCUGCUGGAUUAUCUGAUGAUCGCCAUCCUGAUGCCCAUCCUGCUGCUCGGAUACUUCAUCAUGCUGCAGAAACAGAGGAAGAACUUGGCUGUGAUGGAGGCCGUGCUGAGCACCGACGUCAGCGUCGACGCUGUCGACUACAAGGGGAACACGGCUCUUCAUUACGUCUGUGAGAGAAAAAGUCAUCGCCUGGUUCCUCUGCUGCUGCAACGAAACGCCAAAACCAACAUCAAGAAUAACAACGGAGAAACCCCGCUGGACAUCGCCACCAGACUCAAGUUCCAAAAGAUCAUCAACAUGCUGAGGAAGACCAAAUGAAGUUUUCAUUCACGCGGACAGCAGGGGGCGCCAACACUCGAUUCCUCCGCCUUCUAUGCUGACGAUGCUAGCGCCUCAGAGAGAACUCCUAGCAUGCAGCGUUUUCUCUGCUAACCACUCACCUGUCAGGCUACAAGCUAGUUUCCACUUCCAGUAUUUAUACUGAGCUAGGCUAACAGUGUUUCUGACCUGUUUUUCUUGUUUUGUAAGACAAAAUUCACUGAAUGUUGUAAUUUAUUAACUAAAAAGAAAAAAAAAAAAACACAAACAGACUUUAGAAACUCUCGCCCCAUCUUUACGUUACAUUUUGCUAAUAGCUCUGCCUCAUUUUUUAAUCUUUGUGCUAAGCUAGGCAACAGUAUUUGAGAGCUAGCUGUUUAUCUGUUAGCAGAGGUGUUCUUUGGGACUGUUACAUGAACAGGUAUAUAAUAAUAAAAGUGUCAACAUGAAAUGAAGCGGACGAUGAAACAUUUCAAAGUAAUAUUUUUAUUUCUGAAUAAACGUGCAAACUACCUUGAAA